AGGACGAUGAGAGAGAAAGAGAGGAGGAAAGGAUGGAAAGCAACGGUCAGAAUGACAAUGACAGCAAAACACAGGAUGGAGAAAUUAUAGCUGUAGAAGACUGUGGAGCAACAUCACCACCUGCUCAAGAGGGACAGCCAGGACCAGAGCAAGAUGCCACAACCCUCCAUACUCACUCUGACCACAGUGGUACAGAUGAUUAUAUUACCACUGCAGCCUUUAAUUCAGUGCUGGAAAAUGUUCCCCAGGUGCCGCUGAUACCUGGUCUCUCAAACCUUAAUGAAUCAGGAGACAUGGAUGAUCAUGACCCACUGCCAGAAGAAGAGGAGGAGUUCAUUGUUCUUGACCCUGAGCAUCCCCUGUAUAAAAGAUACCAAGCUGCUCUUAACAUCCAGCUCAUGAAGCAGCUAGAGAGGCUUAACCAGGCUGUGGAGGAAAAGGUUGUAAGGGAAAAACACAAUCUAGAGGUACAAUGUGAGAUGUACAAGGUUCAGGAGCAGCUUGCCAGAGCCCAGGCCAGGCUGGAGGACCGCAAUCAUUCAAAGGACCUGGCUGAAGCCAAGCUCAGGCAGGCACUGGAUCAGCUGGAGGUGAUGAAGGCCCACUAUUCCAGUGUUAGCCGUAUGAAUAGUGAAGCCAAAGCCAAAGUGUCCAAACAACAGGCAGAGCUAGACAAGCUGAUGGCACAAGUGGUCUUCACACAAGGAGUCAGUGAGGAUUUGCACUCAAAUGUGAAAGUUAUGAAGAACGCUAGACGCAAAGCAGGAGAUGACAAGAAUCAGGCCGAGGAGCAGAAAUUGAAGCAGGAUAAGUACGUGAAGCGUCUAACGGAAGAAUUGGAGAGGGUAACGCAGCAGGGAGACAUGUAUGAUGCCCAGGCUAGCGCCCAAGCAGAAGAGACAAAGAGAGUCAAAGAGGCUCUCUCUAAGGCUCAGAUGGAAGUGGAGUCUCUGGCUAUGACUCGCAAGCAGUUGCUGCAGCAGUGGAACAGUAGCCUGGUGGAAUUGAGGAGACGAGAUGAGGCCUUCAGUGCAAUGCAGGAGGCCAUGGGAGCUGUCACAGACCAGGGGAUUUUACUGGACAGAGAGAUUGAUGGGUACAAGAAGUCUGUCACUGAAGAGCAGGAGCAAAAUGAGAUACUAACCAUGCAGCUUAACUGGUCCCAAAUGGAAUGCGACACUUUGAAAAAUCAGAUAAGUCAGAAGCAGGCCCAGCAAGAUGUUCUGCAGGCCCGCUACACCACCUGUCUUCGCACCCUGAAUGAGACUGAGCACACCCAUGCCAUGCUGUCUAAGGAAGCCAGUACCCUCCAGACUGAAGUGAAUGAUCAGAGGAAGCAGUUGGAAAAAGAGAGUGCCGUGCGUCUGGAGCUUGAGGACAAAAUCAUGACCCAUAUGCAACAGAAGCUCACCCACACCAAGGAUGCCAAAUACUCCCAAAGGCUCACUAGCAAGACAGCCGCUCUAAAGAGGGAAAAGGUCUCUCAGUUGUGCCAGCUGGAAAACAAUAUAGCAGCUGUGGAUCUUGAGACCACUGAGGUCAUCCAACAUCUGGACUGCCUGGCUCUCAUCCAGGAAGCCCUGGAUGAAGAGAUCACAAAGAGCAGCAAGAUACUGACAACCAGUGAGAAGAAGGCUUCUUCCCUUCUCAAACUCGUUGAGCAGAGAGAGACCAGCAUAACUAACUGUAACAAAAAAAUAGAUCAGAUUAUCGCCAGCACUGGGCAUGAGGACCUUAGUCCUCAGCAAAUCAAGAUAGAGGAAUUGAAGUCUCAGAAUGCAGAGCUGGAAGCAAGUAUAACAAGAGUCAAGCAGUUCUGGAGGCAAAAGCAGGAGAUACUAGAGGAGUUAAUCCAGAAGAUAGAAACCAACAGCAGGAAAAUGUUCAAACUGCAGCAAGAGUCCACACGAUUGCAAAAGGAGAAGAUCUGCUUGGAAAGUCAGUUGGCAAUAGAACAUCGUGAGGAGACGGAGCUGGAUAAGGAUACAAAGAUGCUGAAAAGAGACCUGCUGAAGCUCAACACUCUGAUCGGCAAGAAUGCGCAGCUUAGCGUGUCACUAGAGCAGGAGAAUGAACUGAUGGAGACAGACUUCAUGCACAGACUAAAGGAUGCUGAACGGGAGUGCACUGAGAUGCAGAUGAAAUACGAGAAAACCCAGGAGGAAAACGAGACACUCCUCAACUGUCUGCUGGAAGUUCAGCAGCAGAUAAUGCUUUGGGAGAAGAAGAUCCAAAUUCUUAAAGAAACUCGUUCUAUUGUGAACAGGGAAAGCCAGGGAGAGGUCCAGGAAAUGAAGGCUGAGAUACGCCGUAUGGAGAUUCGACUCGACCGACUGAUGAAGCAACGGGAGCGACUGCUUAAAGAAAGUGAAGCAACAGUGACAAGGAGGGAGAAUUUAGUGUUACGCAGAGAGGCCAUGGUCUACAAUCCCAGUAAACAGCGAGAAAAGAAUAGAAAAGGCGAUCUUGAGCGCAGAAUACAGGGGCUGCAGCGCAAGGUCCGGGACACACACAAGAAAGUGGGUGAGUGUGACCAGGAGAUCAGGAACCUAGAGGAGAGCAAGGUGAGCCUGAGCAACAGGAUUACACAACAGGAGCAGAAGUUGGAGGAUCUCCGCAGAACCAACUUCGAUCUGGAACAUGAGAUUGUUCAUCUCCAGGACACCAAAGACUGUAACCUGUAUCGCCUAGUAGCCCUUCAGGGCCGGGCCAAGAAGUUGCAGCAGGUGAAAGAGGGCACCUUCCGAGCUGUAUCCAGACCUGAAUCCAUUGAUGCUCCUUUGCAAAGAGGGAUGGAGCGUGUGCAUGCUGUCAACACCAUCGUGCACCGCGUGUGUCAGGAAUCCCCUCAGCACCAGGGGGCACUGCGUAGGCUGUCACUAUCGUUGGCAGCUAACAUACCACUCCUGGAGAAGGAGAUGUCCUGA